GAGUUGCCAAACAACGCUAAUCCACUUAUUUUUGUGAUUAUCAUAAAAACAUCCAACUGCACCUAUUGUUCAACGAUAAUUGUUCUACCGUUUGACAAAGAGAACAACAACAACAAAAGACGAACAAGCAAUCACAUUCAAAAUCUCACAACCGUUACUUGUUGGCUGUCCUUUUUAGCUUGCGGACACUUCUGGCAUUAGACAUCUUUUAAGGCCUGUUUACAACACGAUCAUAUCCAGAUUGGCAUCAAACUCUCAUUCUUGGCGUAAGAGUGAAGAAACCAUGGAGGCUCCUUACGAGGACUUGUCAACUCGCUUGGAAAUAGAUGCGGAAAUUAUUGAAAGAGAAAAAAAUAUGGAAUUUCAGCCAUUUGACGACUUCAUCGUCCCGCAAGGUGAGCCGGCAGAAAGUUGCCCUGAUUUUCCAAUGGAGCCGCUAGAGCUUCAGCUUGAAGAAGAAGUACCAGUGAGUAAAAGCAUCAAUCCAGCUGGAGCUUUGGAAGAAUUAAGAACAAAGGGUAACCUGAAGUUGCCCACAAUCAUUUUAUCCAUUUUCACCGAUGUUGAAGAUGCAUUUUUCGAUGAUGACGUCAAGCAUGCAUUAGACGAAGGUCUUGCAAAGAUAAACGAUGCAACCAGUAUGUGGCUGCUAAUCAGUCCAAAAGAGACAGCAGUAUCAAAACUUACAGUACGAGCCUUUGUUAAAACAUGUGACAGAGAGAAACUGGACAAAAGUGCUUGCAUUGGUAUUUUUACUUCCCCAGAAAAGCAAAACUGUCCUUCUGCCACUAAUUUCACAGUAGAGAAAAAGAAAAAUUGCUUGGAAAACAGAUAUACACACAUUCUACGUCUAGGGCCCGAUUGCAAAUUUCAUCCGACAUUGGAGGAGCUACUGGCUACUUUUAAGACAGGCAAAUGUACCAAAGUAGGACGACGCUCUUCGACACCGGUUGUCAGUAUACUUGUUCAUGGUGGAGUUGAGGCAUGUAAGAAGAUGAAAGAGAGCAUGGAAGGCUACCCUUGUAUCCCUGUUGUCAUUGUUAAGGGCAGUGGUGGACUGGCUGAUGUCAUUGUAGAUGCAUUAGCAGCAUACAACAAACUGAAAAAGAAAGGCCGCCUACUACGUUCCCAUAUAGAAUACUUCUUGUUGCAAAGUUCUCUUGCUGAACACUCCAUCAUUGUUCAUCUUGUUAAAGACCUUGUGGAGACAUACAGUCACUUUAUCAUAGUUUACGAUCACAAACGAGACCCUUAUGGACUGCAUCGCGCAGUGAUUGAGAGUUGCAAAGGUAAGCUUUGGAAAUUUGAAGAUAUUACAAUUUAAGAGUGAGGAUCCUGUCACAUAUAAAAAAAUUGUUUGCUGCUUGUCUAACGGAUGCCAAAUAAUUUCUUUAUUCUUGGAAUAAACAUUUCGUCUAUCUAAAGUUUAAAUCGAUUAGCCCUCUUUAAGUUAUAAUAUGAAAGACUCUGCCAUAGAUUAGCUAAAAGGCAUGGA